AUGGAUCAGAAAAGAGAAGUAUUUGAGAUUUUAGUAAUGGGAAACUUUGCAGGAAGGAAAAGGAGAGAUAGCUUCAUCACUCACAGGGCCUUCUGUGAUGCCUUAGCAGAGGAAACAGCAAGAGUAAAUGCAGUAUCUAGCAUAAACAACUUGGCUGCUGGGAGCAUCAAUUAUCAUCUGAUGGGGAAUCCAUUAGGGCCUACCAUGGCACAACAUUUCUCUACAAUUUUCAAGCCAAUUUCAAGCAAUGAUCACCAAACAAGACAGGGAGGAGUUUCCUUGUGGAUGAACCAAGGUGUACCCCAAGUGAGUGAAGCAAUGGGAAAUAACAUUCAAGAGAUUCAUCAACUUCGCUCUGUGACUAGUUCAGGAGCUAUGUUUGGUGACCUUCUUGCUGUUUCAUGCUCACAUGCUCCACCAUCUGAUCAUUAUCAGUUAAAUUGGCCAGUUUUUGGAAAUAAGAUCUCUUCAAAUAAUGCUCACGAGGAGCUGACAAGCACUUUAGUACUUCCUCUAACCAACGUUAAGGAAGCAGCUGCUGCAAGUCAGCUAGCAAGUGUUCCUUCAUUGUAUAGCACCCAACAACAGCAGUCCCAUCAAACAACUUCGGCCAACAUGUCAGCCACUGCUUUGCUGCAAAAAGCUGCUCAGAUCGGUGCAACUUCAACUGAUCCAUCAUUCCUUGGAAGUUUUGCGCUGAAGAGCAACGCUAAUAAAGUUCAAGAUGGGAACAAGUUCUGUGGACUAUAUGGUUCAAGCCCUGUAAGCACUAAUCCAGCAAGUGACGUGGAGAACUCGGGAAGUGAUCAGAUCUCCUCUUUGAAUCAGCUUCAAAUGUACCCUAAAAGGCAGAAAAUAUUUCAAAGUGAUCAAGACAGUCCUGCAGGAGGGCAAACUAGAGACUUUCUUGGUGUUGGUGUACAAGCCAUAUGCUACCCAUCAUCUAUGAAUGGCUGGAUUUAAACUUCAUGGGAUGACAUCAGUUUCUUAAUGGGAAGUAAAUUUGACAAUAAAAUGGAUCAGAAAAGAGAAGUAUUUGAGAUUUUAGUAAUGGGAAACUUUGCAGGAAGGAAAAGGUGGCAUUCAUGAGUGCUUGAUGGAGGGCUAAAAGGUUAUGCUUAGAAAACUAUUGAAGAGUAGUUGUUGAAGGAAGGAGAUCCAUGCAUAUUCUGUUGAACCCUAAAAGUGAUUCCUUUAACAUGAUGGCCUUUAUUUUUUGAGAAAAAGCAAGGGAGGGCUAAUAGUAGUGGGAGCAAAGCAAGAGUACUUCACCUUUUGAGCUCCAUUAUUGCCUUUGUUUCGCACUGUUGUGAGGGUAUUUCCAAUGGCAAAAGGCUUCAUAAUUUCUCGUAAAAGUAGGGUUUUAUAUAAUUAGCUUAUUGUCUAAAUAAAUUAAUGUAGCUUUUCUAUCAGCAAAUUAAUUAAGUACUAUGCAUAACUGUAUUAUAUACUAUAACAAGAGAUUAUGUUAUAUUUUUCAAGCAGAAAUUAGAGGGAAGCACAUUUCA